GCUCCUUGGUAAUGUGACCCAUUGAUCGCAAACUACUUGUCCACGGACUGGCGGAGACGGGUGCCGCGAGGCAUCCAGUGCGGUAACGCGACCGGUCCCGGAGAAACUGGCGGGAGCCCUGGGGAGAGUUCUCUUUUCUUUGUGAAGGGCAGAGCGCCCUGGAAUGGGUUCGCCCCGGGAGAGGGACCCAAGCCCUGGAAAGCAUUGCGGUUUUGGCGGCGUCCGGUGAGCUCUCCCUGGCCCUCGAAGAUCUGGUGGCGAGGGUGUAAAUCUCACGCCGGGCCGUACCCAUAUCCACAGCAGGUCUCCAAGGUGAACAGCCUCUGGCAUGUUAUAACAAUGUAGGGUCCUGGCACUGGCAGCAGCUCAAGACCAAGGGCUACAGAUGGGGGCAUCAGACCUUUGGAGAAGAGGGGACCCUACAUCAUGUCCAAAGCCCCAGCCAUUCACAUGAAACUACAGAAACACCGUGAGAUGGCCCGCAAAGCAAUGAAGAAAAAAGGCCUUACCUCAGGGGGUCCAGUGAUGCAACAGCCCAGGCAAGGAGGAAAGAGAAGUGUGAAGUUCAACAAAGGCUAUGCCGCUUUGAGUCAGCACGCUGAAGAGACAUUGGUAGCAUUGGAAUCAGACAGUGAUGAUGAGCUAGAUGUCGAGCAGUAUUCCUCAGGAUAUUCUUCAGCUGAGGUACACCCAGACCUGAGCAGGCAGCUGCUGCAGGAUGGAUACCGGCUGGAUGAGAUCCCUGACGACGAGGACCUGGACCUCAUUCCCCCUAAAGCCAUGGGUUCCUCAGCCUGCUGCUGCGCUGAGGCCUGGUCGUGCUCCGUGCAGUGAGGAGGGCACUUAGUGCUGUGACCUGGCUGACCCUGCAGCUCUGUGUUUAAAGACUGGACCUCUGUUACCCUGACCUUAGCCACUGUUUAAGUCAAGGAAGGCCUCCUGUUACCCAAACCCUACCACUGUCUAAGCAUGGAACCCCCCUAACACUUUCAAGCCUAGCCACUGUUUAUGCAGUGCUCUCUACACCCUAACUAACCUUAAGCAUGGACAGAAGUCAUCCUAAGCCUUAGCCACUGUCCAAGCAGGGCUCUCUGUCACCCCAAAGGUUGACCUCUGUGUUAUUUUGGAUCUAGAUGAAAUGCUAACCAUGCUGCAGCCCCUCUGAAUAGACAGGUGCAGGGUGAUUCAUCUCUGGAAAUGCACUACACUCAUUCACCUGAUGGAGAAGGUCACUGUCUUGUUGUCCUCUUUGGCAUAUCUCUCCCAGGUCUAUUUAAACAUAGAAAAUUGAUAUGCAUACAGCAAAUGUCCUAGAGCGGUUUGAACGCUAAAGUUUUUCCGCAAGCUUGUCUUGCUCCAAUUCCCUUUUUUUUAAAGUAAGCCCUUUGAAAACAAACCUGAACAUUCCCUAACUUUAGAUAUAUUGAUUGGCAUUUUUAAUACAUCUUCCUAAAAUUCCCUGUUUUUGUUGCAAAUCCUUGGUAUUAAUCUGGGGUCUAACCUCAAACCCUUGUCUGUGGCUUUGACACUACAUGGUUUACUUGUAUGUGAAUUAAUGCUUUAAAUUAUAUAGGGAAACUAGCACUUACUCAUGUCAGGCUGCCUUUCAAUGCUUUUUCCAAAAAAAGUGUUAUGUUAAAGGGUUACAAAAUGGCACUGUUUUUACUGUAAUGUUACAGCAAUGAGAACUGGUCAAUCUUGUCCUGCGUGUUAGAGGUAACAUUACAGCCCAUGGUGUCACUGAGGUUAACCACUACCUCCUGGCAAUGCUGUACACAACACAAUAACCUACUUGAUCCUCUGCCUACUACAUAUAGUAGUUACUAGAUACUCACAGGGACAUGCAUACGAUAUCAGAAGGCGAUCUGAACAGACAAGUCACCUACCUGUUGUUACAUUUUGAUCACUCUCACUCGCAUGUCACUCAGCUAAUUGUAAAUUUUCCCACCCUUAUGUUAGUGUUUUGGUAUCUUCUGAUUUUUAAAGCAAGCAUUGCAUUGUCAGUACACUAAAUAUUUAGAAGAAAUCUGUCUGUGUUGUCAGGCAUUAGAAUGAGUGAUUCUCAUCACUCGAGCCCUUACAUGUGUGGCUAAAGAUAAGAAGUGUGUUUGUGUUUGCUAGUUGCUGUUUAUCAGUGCAGACUUAAUGUGGAAGUGUGUCAGUCUGGCGGUGUUUACACAAGAGACCCAAUUCUGAUAUUUUUUUCACUAAUUGGUCUUUUGACCAAUCACAUCAGCUUUGAAAAAGAGCUGCCGUGGAAAGUUCUGGCAUGAUUGGUCAAAAGACCAAUUAGUAGAAAGAAUAUCAGAAUUGGGCUGCCUGUUUAAACGCAGCCAUUGAGUGCUUGACCUGUGUGCUAGAUAGAUAAAUAUUGCACUCAACACCAACCGGUGCAGUCAGUAGCCAGUACACUGCACUCGCCUGUACUAUGCAACCAAUGGGACAAUCUGCUUCUGUAUCCUAGUUAAAACAAUAUACCAAGUGUUACUGAGUGCUAAAUGUAAAAAAAACUUGAAAUAUUAUGUAUAGGAAACUAUUUUUAUUUGAUUAUAAAGAUUGUUUUGCUAUAUUCAAUAUAAUUAAUAUGCACACAUCCUUUUGUAAUUUUCUUCUGGUUUGCUGGAGGGGAUGUUACACCAUUGAAAGUUAUUUUUACAGAA